GUCACCCUUCCGCUGAGAUUGUAUCUCAGCACCCUCUGGUCCUCGUAGCGCUUCUCAGCAGGACUGACGCUACGUGCGUACACCGACCAGCUGGCUUUUUAAUUAUCUUCUAUUCUCUCUGGACACAAUCCUUCGAACACUCCAUUCCUUACCCGGGUCUCAUCCCUCUACCGGCAACACCAAAGACACUAUGAGUGCUGAUGCAUUCGAACCUGGAGUCGCGAUCUCCAGUCUGAGCAGCGACACUGCAAUCCAACUCAUCCUUGCCGAUGUCCCUCUCUUCGCCGUGGGCAUAUUGGCGUUUGGGGUGCUGAUGUUCUUCUUCCUGAUGAAGCGCGUCGACAAAUUGGUCUUCUGCUUGCACUUGUCGGUCCUUGUGGCCUUCCUUGCCGCUCUCUUCGACCUCUCUCAGCUACUCAUUCGAGGGAAAGAGGCGGUGGAUCUGGGGAUCAACACGGCCAGUGUCUCUGGGCUCAUCACGGCCCGCGAAGUCUUCUUUGCCUUCUCGGAUGGACUGCGCUUUCUGUUUUACUGGGGUUUCGUCGCUGCCAUCCCUCUCGGGGAGACCAUCCCGGAGAACACUGUGAUACACAGCGGUAGCUGGCAACGUUGGGGCCUCCUAGGCAAGAUGCUGAAGUGGUUGACUCUGUUGUUGGUGCUCCUUAUCACCAUCUUCCAGCUCGUCUACCGAGAUGUAGCUACGCUAGCGAAGCUUGGGCCGAUCUACGAAACCGAGGCAACUCUGGAGAUCAUCGUAUCCGCGGUGUUCAUCUUGAAGCUGCUCCUCAACACCUGGGCACGGGUUCCCUCAGGGACCACUAUGCCGACGAAGGGAGCCAUGCUAGUGCAGUACGCACCCAUGAUCGUUGCCCUUCUGUUCAGCCUCUGGAUUGCGGUGGGCAACGCCAUCCUGUAUGACUUCACUGAAACGGCAUUGGGCCGCUUCCUGCGAGCGAUCGAGCUGUACAUCUUGAUCGUCUACAUGCUCACUGUCUCGUUCCACCAUCUCCGCCAUCUCUCGUUCUUCCCCAUCUACCGCCCCGCGCCGAAAGCACUCUCGCGCGCGGGCACCUUCGAGCGGAAUUCUAUCAUGAAGUACAACGAUGAGAAGGUAGCUGCCGUCGCAAGCCCUCCCCCCGCGCCUGAGCCAGUGAGGGUCGACUUCAUGCAGGUGUUGGAAGAGCGCUACCGCCAGCAGGAGGAGAUGCCUCAGACAGUGAUGCGUGAUAGCUCCCGCGCGCCCACCAUCGAGAACAACAGCCAGCAUCAGUCGAUGGCCGCCCGUCUCUCAACAUGGCUUGGCAUUGCGCGCCCGAUGCCUCAGCAAAGCCAGGAAGUGCAGCCUUGGGAUGUUGACGCGGAACGCGGGCCCUCUCCGACGACGGGAAGGACGCCGACGUGGUACACUGACGAGAAGCCGCGCAUGGAAUCCCCGCCCCUGCCUCCUCCGCCUAUGAUCGACGAGGACGAACAGCGCGGCGUUUCCCCCGUUCCGGAAUACUCGCCGUGGCCUGCCAUGGAGCGCGAUAUUGCUUCGCCCGCUCCCAGCAGCCUGAGGGAUCUCCCACCCGCGCCUGGCAUCAUCGAACCCGAGUCGGAGGAGGAGGAGACGACGCCUGUCCUUGAGAGGGACUGGCAGGACGUGGAGUAUUCCAAUGCCGUGAGGUACUCGGGCGUCGGUGAGGACACAGUCGCCAACGCCCUCAGCCAGCAGUACUACCAGCCCGCGGACACCUCGAAGUUGCAAGCCUCCGAUCUUCUCUCUCCGUCCUACUCGCGCCCGGGCAGCAUGGACGGCGAAUACUUGGGCUCACCGUACCCCAUGUCCCCCAUCGGCUCUGCAGCAGUCACCCCCCUCCCGCGUAGCCGUCCGCUCCCGCCCAUGCCGCGCCCCUACUCCCAGAUGCUCGAACCAGGCUCGCCCAUCCAGCCCGACUCCGCGCGCUCCUCGAACAUGUCUAUUCUCCUCCGGCGGCAGACGGAGCUCGACGCGUCCAUCGCUGCGCUCCGGCUCUACUCUCCGUCCAAGUCUGUAGCAUUCGACGUCAGCGCGAUGCCCGUCGCGCCCGAGGCCUUCUACAACCAGCUUGCCCAGCCGUCUGUGUCUGCGGAGCGCCUCUCGACGGUGCCCAGUAUGGAGAGCCCCGAGCUGCCCGCCCCGAGCCCGGACUUCACUCUCGCGACGCCGCGCACGAACGUCUUCCCGCAGUCAUCCGCACGCAGCGAGUUCUCGUUCAGCAACCUCCCGCACGUGCCGCCGCUGAACCGCGGUAGCAUGGACUCGGGCGUGUUCCCGCAGAUGGGUAUUGCGGUCGAGGCACCGAGCGAGGCCGACGAUGACGGCUUCUCGCGUGCUGAGUCGCCGAUGAGCUCGCUCGCGCCGCCGGUAAUGCCCGCAGCGAUGGGCUCGCGCUUCUCGGCGGAUUCGAGCGUUGCGGAGAGCCGGAUCAGGAAGAACGACUCGCUGGGGACGCAGUAUGAGAUCACGUCGUUCAUUGGCAGCUUGUCGGUCCCCAAGAGCAACAAGGACAGCACGAUCUCCGCGUUUUCCGCCGUCUACUCCGACGACGGCUCAGUCGACGACGCAGUCGUGAGCACUGCGCAGUUCGUCCGCCCCACGCUCGCCAUCCCACCUCCCAGCCAAAGCGAGCCGUCCCCCGCCAGCCUUGCCGCGCCUCCCCAGCCCUCGCCCUUGGCGGCGUCGCCCGUGCGCACGCCUUCCGGCGGCCGCAGAGCUUUGCCUCCCGUCCCCCAGCCCGCAGUGCAGCCCCAGCCCCGUUCUCCGCCCGCGCAGCCACAACCCCAACCCACCCAGCCCGCUCAGGCUGCCGCCCCCAUCCCCGCACCGCGCUUCCGUCGCGCGGUGGGCCUGCCCCCACGCCCCCGCCUGUCGGUGGUGAACCUGACCCCGGUCGAGGAGAAGACGUCGCCGACUGACACUGCGACGCUUGCGAGCCCCCCGAGUGGGUCUGGCACCCCUCCGGGGAGGCGGUGGUAA